AUGCUCCACACCCUCGUAUUGGCCUCCUUGGCCAUACUCUCCUCUGGCUACCCUCGGGUUGUUUCAGACGAAGAAGACAAUGCGAUUGGCUUGUUCCACAUCAAUGAGGCACGCCGGGCAGAGGGACUCAAUGAUCUUACCUGGGAUGAAUCUCUUGAAAAAUCCGCUAAAUCUUGGGCCGACAAGAUUGUUGAUGGAAAAGUAUCCUUCAAUUAUCGCCCAGCUCGGUAUCCGAUAUCAGGCCAAGCCAUAUAUAUGGAAGACACAGCAACUGAUUGCGUGGGGCAAUCGUUUGAGGCUACUCUCCAAAGCGCAGUGGGAAGUUGGCUUCGCAAAGAAACUAACACCGACGAUUAUUAUGCAUGCAUGAAACCCGCCGCAGAAUACGUGGGGUGUGGUAAAUCUAAGCAAACGUUCGACACUGAUGGAGGAAAGAAGUGCACCUUUUACGACGUGUGCUUUUUUUCCUACGGUCGUUGGUCACCACCAUCACCACCACCGCAGUCAACACAGAAGCCAUGUGUUCAUCAUCACUGGGGUCACCCCAUUUACAUUCCAACGCCUGUCAAAUUCACCCCCAGCGAGGACUCAGAGGAUGAGGCCAAGCUUGAAUUCUCUGAUGAAGAAGAAUAA